AUGACGACGAUGGAUUGUUCAACAAUAAACAACGAAACACUUGCGCAUCUUGUGACGAUCAAUCAAAUGGUCACAAAAACCGGCUGUACACAUGAACAAGCAACUCAAUUGUUAAUCUCAACCGACUGGAGACUUGAGACAGCGAUAAAUCUGUUCUUUGAUGAACGAACGGUGCCCAUCCCAUGUUGCAAAUUUUCCGAACUAAUGACACCAGCAAAUACUCCAGCAACACCACCGAGUUUUCCUGAAACUCUUCUUUCACUAAAUAAACUGUCGACAUCAAAUGGACCAUCCUCAUCAUCAACAACAACGACCACUGUCAACGAUAACCAAGUACCUAUGACAGCAACUACAACGAAUCAUUCGUUAUCAUCAUCGCCAAUGACGAUGAAUAUGAUGAUGAUGAUGAUGGAUGGCACUGCAUAG